AUGGCGGUCGACAAGAAAGAGAAGGCGCAGACGCAUAAGCUCGCCCUACGCGGCUCGACCAAAACGGUAGCCGAAUUCUUUGAAUAUUCGAUCAAUACGAUUUUAUUCCAGAGAGGCGUCUAUCCUGCAGAAGACUUUACACCUGUCAAGAAAUAUGGCCUCAACAUGCUCGUUUCCUCGGACGACCAAGUCAAAGCCUAUAUCAAGAAGAUCAUGUCACAGCUGAACAAGUGGAUGGUUGGGGGCAAGAUCUCAAAACUAGUGGUGGUCAUCACCAGCAAAGAGACGGGAGAGCACAUUGAGCGAUGGCAGUUUGAUGUACAGUUCCUGGGCAAGUCGUCAAAACAUCGCUCUUCGAAAAAGGCCCCAGACAAGGAGAACGUCUCCCCCGAGGAAGCAGCAACACCGGAACCUGAGGUGGAGAAGACAGAGACGCAGAUCCAAGAAGAGAUCCAGGCCAUCUUUCGACAAAUCACUGCCUCUGUCACUUUCUUGCCGGUCCUGGAUGGGAACUGCACAUUCAACGUGCUAGUCUAUGCCGAUGCCGACUCAGAUGUGCCUAUCGAAUGGGGUGACAGCGAUGCGAAAGAGAUCAAAAACGGAGAGAAAGUCCAGCUGCGCAGUUUCAGCACCAGCAACCACAAGGUGGACACGAUGGUGAGUUAUCGUUUGGCGGACUGA